AUGUACAAAUAUGAAGGAAUCACUUCGUUUUGGAAAGGAAUUUUGCCACCAAUUUUAGCAGAGACUCCAAAACGGGCGGUCAAAUUUGCAACAUUUGAACAAUACAAAAGGUUUUUCAUGUUUGGCUCCAGCACACCUACACCUUUAACAUUUUCCUUAGCUGGCCUUGGAGCAGGUAUAACGGAGGCUAUUUUGGUUAAUCCAUUUGAAGUUGUGAAAGUAACUUUGCAAUCUAACAAAGCUCUGGCAAGUCAAGUGCCUAGCACAUGGUCAGUGACUAGGCAGAUUGUAAGAGAUAAUGGCCUUGGUUCCAAGGGGCUCAAUAAAGGAUUGUCAGCUACAAUGGCAAGGAAUGGGAUUUUCAACAUGGUAUACUUUGGUUUCUACCAUAGCAUAAAAGGAUACCUCCCAGAAUAUGAGGAGCCUAUUCUGGAGUUCGGUCGGAAGAUAGCGAUCGGUUUCACCUCCGGGGUCCUGGGUUCCUGCGUGAACAUACCUUUCGACGUGGCCAAAAGUCGCAUCCAGGGCCCCCAGCCCCUCGAAGGCUCCAUCAAAUACAGAACAACUCUUGGCACCAUCAAUACUGUGUACAGGGAAGAGGGAUUCCGCGCCCUCUACAAAGGCUUGUUGCCGAAGGUGCUUCGAUUGGGUCCAGGCGGUGCUAUUAUGUUAGUCGUAUACGAUUAUGUGUUCAACUUCUUAGAGAAUAAGUUUCAAGACAAGCGAGAGGUACAAGUUUUACGACAG